AGAAGAAGAAGGCAGAGAAGGAGGAACAGAAAGACUGGCCUUUGAAGCGAAUAAAGCUCUCUGCUUUUUAUAAGCCUUCUCUACAAGAAACCCCUCAUUCUCUUCAUCUGCCAUGGCUCCUUUCUUCACCUUCCUCUUCCUCCUCUCCACUCUCCACCUCACCCCCACAUUGCAACAGACCACAGUAUCUCAUUCCGGUCAGAUCAAUUCCAACUCUGUUCUGGUUGCUCUGCUUGACUCGCAUUAUACAGAGCUUGCUGAAUUGGUAGAAAAGGCUCUUCUUUUACAGACCCUUGAAGAUGCCGUGGGGAAGAACAACAUCACGAUUUUUGCCCCCAAGAAUGAAGCGCUGGAACGGGAUCUCGAUCCUGAGUUCAAGCGCUUCUUGCUCGAGCCAGGGAAUCUCCGGUCGCUUCAGACUCUGUUGCUUUACCACAUUGUGCCCACGAGGAUUGAGCUGAACUCCACCACCGAGUCAACUCACCACCACACUCUCGCCCAAGACCGGGUGGAGCUAAACAGUCAGGAAUCGGGUUCUAUAUUUAUUAGCACGGCAAAGGUUAUACACCCGAAUGCCGUCGGCCGUCCAGAUGGCGUGAUUCACGGGAUCGAACGGCUUUUAAUCCCCCGAUCUGUACAGCAAGAUUUCAACAAUCGGAGAAAUUUACAGUCAAUCUCCGCUGUUAAGCCUGAAGGGGCGCCUGAGGUCGACCCGAGAACAAACCGUCUCAAGAAACCGGCGCCCCCUGCCAAACCCGGUUCCCCGCCGGCUCUUCCAAUCUACGACGCGAUGGCUCCAGGCCCUUCACUGGCUCCGGCACCAGCUCCCGGUCCAGGUGGACCCCAUCAUCACUUCAACGGCAUGAGACAAGUGAAGGAUUUCAUCCAGACGCUGCUGCAAUACGGGGGCUACAAUGAAAUGGCUGACAUUUUGGUAAAUUUAACAUCUUUGGCCACAGAAAUGGGGCGGCUGGUGUCGGAGGGGUAUGUCUUAACCGUUUUAGCCCCCAACGAUGAGGCCAUGGCGAAGCUGACGACUGACCAACUGAGCGAGCCGGGCGCCCCGGAGCAGAUCAUCUAUUACCAUUUGAUUCCAGAGUACCAGACUGAGGAGAGUAUGUACAAUGCCGUCAGGAGGUUCGGGAAGGUGUCCUACGAUACUCUCCGGCUGCCGCACAAGGUCGUGGCUCAGGAGGCUGAUGGGUCAGUGAAAUUUGGGCACGGCGAAGGUUCUGCUUACUUGUUCGAUCCCGAUAUAUACACUGACGGAAGGAUCUCCGUUCAGGGGAUUGAUGCGGUCCUGUUUCCACCUGAGGAGAAAACCCAAGAUGAAAAGAAAACAAUCAAAGUCGCAACGGUGAAACCCAGAAGAGGAAAGUUGCUUGAAGUAGCAUGUAGGAUGCUUGGUGCCGUUGGUCAAGAUUCUCAUUUCAGCAAAUGCCAAUGAAAGGAACCAUCAUUUCUUCCAUCAAAAAUGAAAACUUCAAACAAUUAAAAAGGUUGAGCAGCAUGUUGUAAAGUUCCAUUGAAUGAGAUUUGAUUUGUUACUUUGUCUACAAUAGGAUUUUAUUAAAUGGGGGUUCCUGACCUGAUUCCAUAGAUGGGGAGAUGGAGAGCUUCUAAGUCUUGAAGUUCCAUUAUACAAUGUGAAGGGAAAAGGUCACCAUCGUUACUCAAAGGCUCAGAAGGCCUUUUUUUUCUUUUUUUUUUCUUUUUUUUUUUCGUAUUUUAAUUUGUGUGUGAAAAUUGAAAUUAUGCAAAUACGGUGGUGGUGGUGGUGGUGGUGGGCUGUCUUUCUUCUGUUUGUUUUGAAGAGAAAAUUUUGUAUGAUGUGGAAUAAGCAGAAAGAACAGUUGGACACAUGGGCAUCCCACUUUAUUAUAAUAAUAAAAAGGUAGGGAGAGAAAGGGAGAACGGAAAAAGGAAAAAGAUUGUGGAAGUUCAAUAAAAUAAAUUUGUAUUCCUUGUUUGUUAAUGGUGGUUUAAGAGAAGUAAUUGUAAUUAUUUUUUGUGAAUACCUUUCUCUUUUUAAUCAAUAUUUCUCUUGAAAUGAGAAAAAUGAGUGGCAUGGGAAAGAAGCAAAGGAUUGUGUUGAAGAAUAAGUCAGUUGAGAAUCAGUCUAUCAAGUUUUGCUUGCUUUCUUGCAUGGCAUAUGAUGUUAUUCUAAUUCUUUUUCUUUCUGUUGAUCUUGAGAAAUUUUUAUCUCAAAAUGAUUGUGUUGAAGAAUAUUUAUUCAUCAAAUAUAGAUUUUCCAUUUUCUCUUUGUUCUCAAAUAAAUCAGAUUAUUUAUU